AAGAAAAUGUAUUUGUUAAGAUGCCUUCAUUUAAAUAUUUGUUUUCUCUACAUAUUCUCUCUUUUAAAUUCCACAGUUGACGGACACGUGAUUUGCUUCCCAGGAGAACCAUGUAAUGCCAGGUUGGAACCAUGUAAUGACAGGUUGGAACCAUGUAAUGACAGUGAAGUAAGUACAGAUGAGUCUUCAGAGGAACCAUCUCCUAGUUUAGAGGAGGAAGAAGAACUUGUUCAAAUCCUUCCUGAUCCUGAAGAAGAAGAUGAUGGAAUAGAACUUGAAGAGACUCCAGACCUGGAGGAGAACUUGGGGAUCAGUGUAAGAUCUUCGUAUCAGGUCGGCUGGAGUUGCUUUGCUACUAUCGGACACUUUGGAACUUGCAGAACACCUAGCUCUUGCAGAGGUUUAAGCUACUCUUACUCCUCAUCAUGCGGUUAUAGAUUGAUUUGUUGUAAGGAUCGGAGACAGGUUCAGAGUUCAGUUAGUUCAGGGAGUUCAGGGAGCAUCGGACUAAGAAGACCUGUUACUCAACCCUCAAUACCAGUCCCUGUCUCAAGACCUGUCCCUGUCUCAAAACCAGUCCCUGUUACAGAACGAAGGGAGGCGUAUCCAGGAUGUGGGACGGUUCCAACAAACUUUAUUAUUGGUGGCAAGGAAGCCACACAGGGACAAUUUCCUUUCAUGGUCGCGUUCUUACAGUGGAGGUUCGCUGAAAAGAAUUAUCAUAAUUUCUGUGGAGGGGUUCUGAUAACAAAACGUCAUGUACUCACGGCUGCCCACUGUGUAGACAAAGCUACCGCUGAUGAUUUUAAAAGACAAAUAACCACCGUGAAAAUAGGUUUAGUAAACCUUCUUGACAGACCCAUUGUUACUCCAAAUAUACAAAAGGCAGUGAUUCAUCCCGAGUACAGCCGGACAGGACCUGGACUGGGGAAUCCAGUAAACGAUAUUGCUAUUGUGACGCUAGACAGGGAUGUAACUGUGUCUCAAGGUGCUAAAUCUAUUACUCCUGUAUGUUUACCAACCACAACAAGAGGGGUCGAAGCUACUAUUGCAGGUUGGGGAUAUACAGAGAGGGUUAGAGGAGAAACCGUCAAAAAACUCAGGUUUGCUGAUGUUGAAGAGUUUUCUCAACCAGAAUGUUCCCGAAAGUACAACCAGAAUGUCAAAAAUAUUCGCGUUGAUAUCACCGACAAAUUUAUCUGUGCCGGAAACCAAACGACAGACUCCUGUAACGGAGACAGCGGAGGUCCUCUGCUCUGGUCGGAAAACUACCGCUGGACUGUGGGAGGGAUUGCCUCCUUUGGUCCCUCUGCCUGUGGUUCCGUUAUACCCGGAGUAUACACUAAAGUUGAGAGUCAUUUAGACUGGAUCUAUAGUUCUGUAGAUGGAUAUCUAUAGAUAGAUGUAAGCAGAUAGAUGAUAAUAUCUCAACAAAAUAUUUUUUAUGAUGUGAAUUAAAAUUUUAUUGAUUCUUAAAUAACCGGUGGAAAAAAUAAUAAAUGAGACUUGAGGCGGACAUUUUUGAAUGGAUGGAACUAGCUUAACUCUUUUCGUAAUGAGUUAUAACACCGUUCUCACUCCCUACAACCUUUCCCACCAUCGACAAUUCAUUUAUUUUAACAGUCUUAAACUGGCCAAACUUUUUAUUAACAAAUAUGACUAUUCCUUACAUCUUUUACUUCGAUUAUUAUUAUUUCAAAAUUUCAUUUUAAAAACUUAAUUUCGAGCAAGUUUUUACAUUUUUAGGUCGAAAUGUGUUAAGUAAAAAAGUUAUAAAGCCGAGAGUUCAGAAUAAAAUUUCGUUUUAAGCAUAGACCAUCCUGAUAAUCAUAAAAAUUCUGAUAUAUCAUGAAAUGUAGGGGGGGGGGGGAAUGAAAACUUGCCUUAAAUUCUUGUUUUCUUAUCCACAUAUCUUUGCAUCCUGAAGUUGCAGACCUUUAAUAUGUCAAACUAUGAUUUCUACUAGAUCAAAUAUUUUAAGUUUAAGACUUACACUAUCGAUCUGCAAAACUAUUGCAGAUUAUGAAAUUAGAGUUCGUUGCAAGAAAUCAGCUCGAACAAUUUUAUUUCAAAUUUUGAUGUAAUUUGCCACAUUAUAUCUCCCCUCAAUGCAAAUACAUCCAUGUCAAAAACUACGUCCAUGUUUUUCUUAAAGUUCCUUAAGAAAUGAUGAAUUCAAAUUAAAAACGUUCCAAACAAUUUAUCUAGAAAUGCAAAACAAUCCUCCUCUUCUUAACAAGUAGUUUUUAGGUUGCUCCUAAAAAUCUUAAAAUUCAACCUUGUGCUGUUAAUUCUAUAUUAAAAAUUUUAGUUUAAACAUAAACAUUGUAUUGUAACAACUAAAUUAAAGAGACCAAUGAGUUAACUAUAAAAUCAUGAAUCUAAUAAAUUUUAAUAUUUAAAAA